AUGCGACCAAAGAACCAUCUCCCUUCUCUCCUUCAAACACCCUUUUCCUCUCUCUCUACAAAUAUGGCUGUCUACGUUCUGGAUCUCGCGUCUUCAAUACUUCGAAUACAAGAUCACUCAAAUUUUGCUCCUUUAUUGACCCGCUUUCGUUCGUCAGAUUUUGUUAAUCCUAUUAAUAUCGCUCUCCUUCAGGUUGAAUCCUUAGUCUGUUGA